AUGAUUGUAGAAUCUUAUGUAUGUCCAACAUUUUCAAAUAAUCAUUGUAAACAAUUAAAAACACAAGAAUAUUAUAUGGCUAUGAGUAAAUCAACAAUAAAACAGAAUGGACAUUCAAGUACGAAUGAAAAUCGUACUGACGAUGAUUAUGGUGGUGGUGGAAAAGAUAAUCAUUUACAAACACCUUCUAAAAAUGGAACUGCUGAUAAUCGUAAAUCCCGUUCGAAUAGUCAUCAUCAUAAUCGAGCUAAUUUUCGUGUUGACCCAACUCGUUGGUGGUUAGUUCAUUUUAUACAAAGAUUUAUUGUUGAUCCAAAACGUACAUUAACAAGAAGUCGUAGUGCAACUGAUGCUACACGUUUUCUUCGCCAUAUUCAAGCACGCAUAUCCACAGCUAUCAAAUGUGAUUCUGUCUAUGAAGAAUCAUCCUCAAAUUCAAAACGACGAAAUAGUGGUUGUGAUCAUAAUCAGAUAUCUGAUGAUGAAAAUAGUAUAUAUACUCGAAAACGUUCACAAUCAGUUCCUAAUCAUGGUGUUUGCAAUCCUAAUCAUCAAAUGUUAAUGAUAAAACGUCAAUCACAACCAAUAGUACGUUCAUCCUCAGUACAUGAUCUUAAUCGACAUGAAGUAUUUCGUGCAAAUGAACUUGAAUUUGGUCCUAUUAUUGGUCAAGGAUUUUAUGGUAUUGCAAGAACUGUUACACUACGCAAAACUGGUCAGAUAAUGGUUAUGAAAGAAACGAAAACGUUUGAUAAAGAAGCACAAAAAAUUUUCGUUAAAGAAGUACAAGUUCUUAAGCGGUUAAAUCAUCCAAAUGUUCUUCACUUCAUCGGUUUACUUCUUGAUAAAGAUAAUCAAAUGUGUUUUCUUGUUGAUUAUAUUGCUGGUGGUACAUUAAAAAAUAUCAUUCAUGAUUUAUCAAUAUCUUUAACAUGGUUACAACGUUUACGUUAUGCUAAAGAUAUAGCUGCCGGAAUGGAAUAUCUUCAUUCAUGUAAUAUAAUUCAUCGUGAUUUGAAUAGCUCAAAUUGUUUAGUUAAAAUGGAUGGCCAUGUUGUUGUAGCUGAUUUUGGUUUAUCACGAAUAAAUCUUGAAGAUGAUGAUGAAAUGACAUCACAAAAUAGUGAUGGUUCAUCAACAAAUUUUCGACGAGAUCAACGAAGUACAAGUACAACAUUAACAUCUAAUGGAAAUAUCGUUGUAGUUCGACCAAAAACUCGACGACAAUUAUUAAGAGAUCGUCAACGAUAUACAGUAGUUGGCUCACCUUAUUGGAUGGCACCUGAAAUGUUAAAAGGUCAAUGUUAUGAUGAACGUGUAGAUAUAUUUUCAUUUGGAAUAAUGCUUUGUGAAAUUAUUGGUCGUGUACAGGCUGAUCCUGAUUAUUUACCUCGUACACAAGAUUUUGGUUUAAAUGUACAUUUAUUUAAUCAAAAAUAUUGUAGUAAAGAUUGUCCAAAACAGUUUAUUGCUAUUGCCAUAGCUUGUUGUGACAUAAAGCCUGAUUCAAGACCGGCAUUUUGUGUAUCUCAUCCAUGGCUUGAAGCUCUUGCCUUAAGUGUUGAGACAGGCGUUUGCCUCUCUUCCUCUUCGAAUACAAUUUCAGAUCGAAUCUCGAAUGGAGAUUAA